AUGACCGUCUCGCCUGGGAACCGCCGCAUCAAAUUUGCUCUUUUUGGCCUCGGUCGCCUGGGAGUCAUUCGUGCCCGUAUCCUCGCUUUCCAGCAGCCUCGGAUCGAACUCGUCGCCGUUUGCGAUACAAAGCCCGGUACUGACAAAUGGGCCGCAGAGAAUCUGCCCCCAUCGGUUAAGCACUUUUCAGAGCCUCAGGAAUGCCUGAAGAACAGCGGCGCUGAGGCCGUCCUCAUCUGCACCGCAACGGCUACACACGCGCCCUUGAUCCUGCAGGCCCUUGACCUGGGCUUGCACGUCAUGUGCGAGAAACCCGUCUCUGUGGACAUCGCUACUACCCAGGCAGUGGUCGAGAAGGCUGCUUCUAGGCCUGACCUCAAGUUCCUCGUUCCCUUCACUCGCCGAUCCUUUUUCGUGUCCUUUUCCGAGCAGUCUGGCGGCAUCUUCCUUGAUUUCGGUAUCCACACCGUCGACGCCGGACGAUACCUGUUAGAUGUCAAGGCCGGCCUCUCCAACCCCAAGAAGCAAGUAAACAGAGUCAUUGCCUUCGGCCAGGUAGCUGUCUAUGGGGACUUGGCUAAGUAUGGCGACGCCGACAACGCAUGGGGCCUCGUGGAAUUUGCCAAUGGCAAGAUUUUCAAGACUUACCUCGGUCGCACUCUAACCAGCGGCUUUGAGGACACGACUAGAUUGUGCGGCACCAAGGGGCAUUCGAUCAUCAGUGCGAACUCGAAUGUUGAGAUUCGGGACCAUCUCGGGAUUCGCACACAGUCUGUGCCUGAUGCAUUCACUCUCUUCGAUGCCACGUUCCUGGCUGAUCUUUCUGAGUUCGCCGAUGCCGUGCUUGAUAACAAGCCCAUGACCUGUCAACCGGAGGAUGCCUUCGAGGCGGGCAAGAUCUGCGCUGCUUUACAGUACUCCUUCCGCAAGGGUGUACCUGUGUAUUUCGACGACGAUGGUCUACCCAUCAUGGAGUCCAAAUGA